UGUUGACCCAGAAUGACACAGAAUGGCUCGACCACAAUUAGUUCUCAUUUUUCUUCUUCAGUUUGAAGCAGGCAUCAGUGGAGAUCGCUACCUCUAUUACAGAGUUGGAAAUGAUGUCACUCUGCCCUGUGAUGAUGAACCUUCAUCUGAAACAAGAUGCUCCCUCUUUACCUGGUAUCAUCUCAGAAAUAGUGUCUCUCGGGACACAGUCAAGGUUUAUGAAGGAAAAGUUUAUCAGAACUUACCUGGAGCAGACAGACUGAGUUUGAGCAGAAACUGCUUUCUGAUCAUCAACAAGAUCACUGCUGAGGAUGUUGGUCGUUACACCUGUCGGAUUGGGGAUACCACUGAAUCUGACACAUUCGUGCAUCUAAAUAUCCUUACCAUCUCUCAAUUUCCACCAGAAGUUGAUCCAAAGACAGACGAUGAGGUCACAUUAAACUGCUCUCUGUCGAGACACGAUCGUUGUCCACUGAACAGCAUCCGUUGGGUGGAUGAGAAUGGAGCUUUGCUGCUUGGUGAAGGUGUCGGGUUCACGUUUAAUGGACAGACGGGCUGUGAUUCUCUUCUGACUGUGAAGCAUCAGAGCGACAACAACAGAAGAUACACCUGCCAGUUUAUUGAGGAAGACAGUGUGAAGAUAGAGGCUCACUACACACUUGUUUUAAAAGAUGGAAUCCACAACAACAUCAUCAUCAUCAUCGGUGUCGUGGUCGGGUUGCUGGUGGUGCUGGUCGUCAUCGCUGCUGUUCUCAUCAAAUGCAGGAGGCGAGCCAAAGUGACAGAGGACAUUCAAAAACCAACCCAAGCCCAAGAUGAACCAGGGGGUAAUCUGACCUACGUCACUGUCAACCACGCUAAUCACAAUCCAAAGAAAAAGGUCAAAGUGAAGGAGGAAGCAGUGACUUAUUCUACAAUCAAGACCACAGUGAAGAUGGAGGCUGACAGUGAUCCCAGCAGCUUCUCCAGCUCUGUCAGAUGAACUUAUCACAAUGAAGGACUGGUAAUGAGACUUCUCUUAGCGUUAGCUGUUUCUGUCUUUGCUUUACGCUCUGGACAAGAUCAAAUCUGCAAAGUAAAACUGGCUGCGUUUAUGUUUUUAUCACAUUGAAUAAUAAAUUGUUUCUCAUUGCUAAAGACUGUAGAUCUCAGUUUUUACUGUGAUAGAAGCUUUUUUUUUUGCACCGUUUUGUGAAUAUAUUGUAUAUUCUAACGGUUAGGAUUUAAUCUUGUGCCGUUAUUUGUAGGACUUUGGACGGAACAUUUUCUUUUUGUUCUACUUUUGUGUCAUAUUUACCACUGCUAUGAUCUGCUGUAAAUGUCUCCAGAUGUUGUUGCUACUGAAUGUUUCGCUUCUCAGGUACAAAAUAAGUGACUCACUUGACAAUUGUUAUUAAAAUUCAGACGUGAA